AUGCGCACAAAAGUGAUAACAGCAGUUGGAGAAACAGAAAACUUUGAAGUUAGUGUUGGAUUACACCAGAGGUCAGCAUUAAGCCCAUUUUUGUUUGUGCUGGUCAUGGAUGUACUGAGUGAAGCGAGCAGGAAUGAAGAGCUGUGGGAAUUGUGUACACUGAUGAUUACUGAUGGAAAUGAGGAGGACCUACAGAGAAGGGUUGGAGAGUGGCAGGAAUCUUUGGAGAGUGGUGGCUUAAAGCCUCUAACAAGAAAAGAGGAAGUAAAGCUUCAGAGAACAGAGAUGAGAAUGCUGUGGUGGAUUAUGGGAUUAUCGCUGCUUGAGAGAUUGGAAAAGGAUGAAAUAAGAAGGGUAGGCUUAGUGAAGAUUACAGAUGUGAUAAGAGAGUCGCAAUUGAGAUGGUAUGGGCAUGUGUUGAGGAUGGAUGACGAGGAGGGAGUGAAGAAGGCUUGGGAGGAACCUGUUAGAGGAAGAAGAUCAAGAGGGAGACAGUGA